GCGGGGGGCGGGGCCGGCGCCGCCCGCGGGCCAGCAGGGUGCGUUGCGCCGCGCGGUGUCUGAGGCGGCGGCUCCGCUCCGCGCCCGCCGCGCCCGCUCCCGCCGGUACCGGAGAUCCAUCCUUUUCCCCCCGUGUGCCAGAGGAGCUGGGGACACCUGCCCAGGAGGAAUCCAGGGAAACCGAGGAAGCGCCGGGAUCGGGGACGGAGGCCGGGACUGCUCUGCAGUAGGAAGGAUUCUGCUGUGCCAGGGCCCGGAGCCGAUGGCAGAGAAUGUCCACGACUAACAACAUAGCGCAGGCCCGCAAGCUGGUGGAGCAGCUCCGCAUCGAGGCCGGCAUCGAGAGGAUCAAGGUGUCCAAAGCAUCCUCGGAGCUGAUGAAUUAUUGUGAGCAGCAUGCCCGGAACGAUCCUCUCCUGGUGGGAGUUCCCGCUUCCGAGAAUCCCUUUAAGGACAAAAAACCCUGCACCAUCCUAUAGCUCCGGAUCCUUCCGGAAAGGAAUUCCCAUCCAACCUCCGGAUCCAGCUUCCUCCACACUUCCACCUGCGCCCAGGGGGUAAAAACUCAACGCUGGCUUCAAACAGAACUUAAAAAAAAUAAUAAUAAUAAUAAUUCGUGAGAAAAAAAACAAAAAAAAAAUCCAAAAAAUUCCCUGAGAAAAAAAACAUCCCCUAAAAAAAUCCUGAAAAAAUCCAUUUGGGAAAGGGGGGGAUUUUAGGGAAAGGAAAGCUGGAUUAAAAAUUGAAAUUGGGAUUUAAAAAUUGGGAGGAAAGGGAGGAGGGGGAUUUUUUUUAUCGGGAUAUUUGGAUUUGGGAAAGGGGCGGUGCAGGAGGAGGAGGAGGAGGAGGGCGGGGUCAUUCCCAGUGGGAAUCCAAGCGGGAAUUUCCUCUGGAGAAGGGACGAGGUGGGAGAGAUUUUGUAGAAAACCAGAAUUAAAAAAAAAAAAACAAAAAAAAACCCCCAAAAUCCCCAAAUCCAGCUGGAAAAAUCCCA